AUGCGAUGGCUGCCCAUUGUCAUGCUCGCGCUCGUCGACGGCAAGUCGCGCUGCCCGCGCGGGUCCGCGUGGCCCGCGCGCCUGCGGUCCGCCAACGGCACGUGCGCGACGUUCCUCGCCGGCGCGCCGCAGCAGCAGGGGUUGGGCCACGCCUUCAUGUCCUUCAAUCGCCUCGUGCACGUCGCCGGCCGCCUCGGCCUGACGCUGGCCGCGCGCUUCGCGUCGCGGGGCCACGGCAUGAACGCGACGAAGGUCGACGCCUACUUCUUCGGCGCGUACUUUGACGCCGCGGGGCCGCCCGCGGGCUGCGAAAAGGUUCCCGCGGCCGCGUCCGAGGCCGCGCUCGCGGCGAGCGUCGACGCCUUCCGCGCGGGCGCCUGCGCGGCGGCGCCGGCCUGCGCCGUGUUCCGCCUCAAGACCGCGCCGCCCUUCCACAAGCGGCUGAACGUCGACGGCUACCGCGCGGCGUUCGAGGGCCGCGCGGCCGAGCGGGCGGCGCUGGCGCCGCGCGCGGCUCCCCGCGGCGACGCGUUCACGGUCGCCGUCCACAUCCGCCGGGGCGACCACCUCAAGUACGGCCGCCGGAACGUCGAUUUCGUCGCCCAGCGCUACGUGCCGAACGUCGCCUUCGUGGACCUGCUCGGCCGCGUCGCGGCCACGUUGAAAACGGGCGACAUCGCGGCCCGCGCGCGCGUCGUCGUCCUCGCCGAGGGCGCGCGGCCCGGCGGCCUCGUGCCGGACAUCGACGGCGACCGCACGGACUUCCGCGCGGCGCUGCCGGGCGUCGACGUUGACGUGGGCCCGCGCGAGGCCGUCGACGCGUUCGACGCGCUCUGCGCCGCGGACCUCGUCGUCACGUCCAAGUCGGGCUUCUCCCACCUCGCCGCGACGCUCUGCGCGCGGCCCGCGGUCCUCGCCGUGCCCUUCUGGCUCGACUACGCGUGCCUGCCGCGGGCGCUCGAGCUCGCGGAGACGGCCGCCGUCUUCGACGACAACCCGAGCGGCGCUCCCGUGAACCUCACGGCGCGCUUCGACUACGACGAGGCGGCGCUCCUCGCGCUCCUCCGGCCGCCAUAG